AUGGAUCCCAAAACUUCAUCAUCAUCAUCAUUUGAAAUCUCUUACUUGAUGAAUUCAUGUGGAUUAUCGGAAAAAGAAGCUCUCACUGCAUCUACGAAACUCAAAUUCAAAACCUCAACGAAGCCAGACGCUGUUCUUGCAGUCUUUCAGGAUUACGGGUUCACUAAAUCAGACAUCUCCAGAAUCAUCAGUAAGAUUCCUCUCGUCAUUUUAUCUGAUACUGAAAUCAUUAAACCCAAACUUGAUUAUUUCAAUUCUAAAGAUAUUUCUAGACCUGAAUUUAUCAGGCUAUUUUCUAUUCACCCAACGCUUCUAGGUCGAAGUUUGGAAAACCAUAUUAUUCCUUUUUACAAUUGCAUUGUUGGUACUGAUAAAUACGUGUUCGCCGUCUUCGAACGAGCAACGAAUUCUGGUGAAUCAGUUGAGAGAAUUGAGUCCAAUAUACAGGUUUUGAGAGAUGGUGUCCCUAAAUCAAAUAAUGUCAAGUUUAUAAUGAGCCAACCUAGAACACUUUUGACAAGCACUGACAAAUUUAAAGAUACCUUACAAGAGAUUAAGGGUAUGGGUUUUGAUAAUUCUUACCAAUAUGCAUUUCUUACUGGUAUUCAUGCAUUGUCAGCGAUGAAGAAAUCCAUCUGGUAA